CACGCCUUCACUAUGCGGUUGCUCUUCUUGCUACACACUCUCAUUUUAUUCGCCAGGCCCUCCUCUUCGACCGCCAUUGUCACCGUUACUGCCGCCCCAGCGAUUCCCUCCAAUGAGCCCUCCUACUCCAUCGCUUCAUCUUUUACAUCAGCAAUCCUUAAUUCGACAAACACCUAUCGACGCCAAUACAACGCCUCUUCACUCUCUUGGAAUACUACGCUUGAGAAAUUCGCCACAUCAUACCUCCAGUCAGACACAACUUGUCGCUUUGCUCAUUCAGGUGGCCCUUAUGGAGAGAACUUGGCUAUAGGGUACCCUAAUGCCACGGCAUCGGUGGAAGCGUGGGGGAACGAGGAAGCAAAGUAUAACUUCAACGACCCUGGUUUCUCGGAAGAGACGGGGCAUUUUACACAGCUGGUUUGGAAGACUACGACGACUGUGGGAUGUGGGAGGAGGUUGUGCGGGACUAAAGGUUGGUUCGUGGUUUGCGAGUAUUGGCCAAGGGGAAAUGUAGGAGGAGAGUACGCGAAAGAGGUGGAUAGGAAUAUAGAUGGGGGAGGAGGGACAAGAUUGAGUAGUCCUAUAGUUGCGGCUAUAGCUGUUGUGGUGAGUUUGGUUCAGUGUUGUGUGAUAAUAGUGGUGGUUUGGUGGUUUGGAACUGCCAAGCUGUGAUGCUGUCAACGGACCAGGAGGUUUUGUUUAAUUAAUGUACCUGAUCUGCGUCUUUUCAUGCAAUUAAUAG